UCACAGAGAGAAGUAGUUUCACACAUGCAGGUCGCAGAUCUCCGGACACCUUGAGAGACUCAGCUUGCUGGGCCCAGCAGGAAGGUGAUAAUCAGCUGUGUAAGUCUUCUUCACCCCCAGUCUUCUUCAGCGAGGACUCCAUCUUUUAUUGUACAUGAAAGAAGCAUCCCUGUCACAUAUAGGAGGAAGAAAAUGUUGUUAUUGUUGUUUUGGGUGUCGGCCCUCCUGUUCCUCUGUGCUUUUCUGUGGAACUAUAAAGGACAACUGAAGAUAGCAGACAUCACUGACAAGUACAUCUUCAUCACUGGAUGUGACACAGGCUUUGGAAACUUAGCAGCCAGGACUUUUGAUGAAAAGGGGUUCCGUGUCAUUGCCGCCUGCCUGACUGAGUCAGGGUCAACUGCUUUGAAGGCCAAAACCUCCGAUAGACUUCACACAGUGCUUCUGGAUGUCACCAACCCAGAGAAUGUCAAGGAGACCGCCCAGUGGGUGAAGAGCCAUGUAGGGGAAAAAGGUCUCUGGGGGCUGAUCAAUAAUGCUGGUGUCCUUGGAGUGCUGGCUCCCACAGACUGGCUGACAGUGAAUGACUACAGAGAGCCCAUUGAAGUGAACCUGUUCGGACUCAUCGACGUGACACUGAAUAUGCUUCCACUGGUCAAAAAAGCUCGAGGGCGUGUUAUCAACGUCUCCAGCAUUGGAGGCCGGCUUGCAUUCGGCGGAGGGGGCUACACUCCAUCCAAAUAUGCGGUGGAAGGUUUCAAUGACAGCUUAAGGCGGGACAUGAAAGCUUUUGGUGUGCAUGUCUCAUGCAUUGAACCAGGACUAUUCAAAACACAACUGGCAGAUCCAAUAAAAGCAACUGAAAAAAAGCUCGCAGUUUGGAAACAUCUGUCUCCAGACAUCAAGCAACAAUACGGAGAAGGCUACAUUGAAAAAAGUCUACACAAACUGAAAAGCAAUACAUCUUUUGUGAACUUGGACCUCUCUCUAGUGGUAGAGUGCAUGGACCAUGCUCUAACAAGUGUCUUCCCCAAGACUCGCUAUACCGCUGGAAAAGAUGCCAAGACAUUUUGGAUACCCCUGUCUCACAUGCCAGCAUUUUUACAAGACUUUUUAUUGCUGAAACAGAAAGUAGAGCUGGCAAACCCCAAAGCAGUGUGACUCAAUGGACCAUAAAUGCCUGAGGCUGGCUGAUUUCAAAGACUUACCAUUUCAGUCUCAGUCUUUACCAGAUCCAACGUGGACUCAUUUAGACCAUGCUCCUGUUUAUAAAAGAGGGAGUCCCAUGGUCCCUUAAUAAGGUCAGAGAAGACCUAUCAUACAUGCCAGUCUUGCCUGAUACUAAAACCUUGGUAGGAUGAAAGGAAAACUGAAAGUCUUCUCCAUCCAAAGUGUGUGUGCUGCAACCUGGCCUUUGCUGGUUCAGGAGUCCAGAUUGUUAAGCGUCGAAACAUUAAGAGAUAAGAAGUCUUUUGUAAGUGGACCUGAUGGCUUUGAUAGCUCACAGAGAAGAAGGCUCGGGCUGGAACACAACUAGGUUCUGAUAAACGUUGACGGGAACAAGAAAGUGAUAGAGCACUCGGUCACACAGAGCACUGGUGUGAACUGAGAGGCCAUGAGAGACAGAGUGAAGAAAUGCAAAUAGAAGGACAGAGGAAGGGAAUGAAAGGCAGGGACUCCAACGCAAGCUCCACACUCCGGAGGGACACAGAGGAUGUGUGACAGUGACUCCUGUGACAUCAUCCCAAUUGAUCCUAGUCCUGGAGGCACUUUACAUCUGGCUUCAUCUGUUUCAGUCAGCCACUUCAUGGUGGAAGCUCACCAGCUCUGUUGGCCACAGCCACUCCUCAUUUCAAUGGCCAGGUUCUUGGCUCCAUUUCAGAGCUUCAGACUCUGUGGCUUUCUGCCCCUUAACUUUCCAGAUGUCCCAAGGCUACCAAGAUCUGCAGAAUCUGAAGGAAACUCCUUUGCCGAUCUUCUCACCACACUAGUCCAAUUGCUCAACCUUCUAAUUCUGUCUUUCUUUUGCCUUUUCCCGAGAUCGUUUUUGAUUUUUCUUAUUCUUUUAGGUAGCUACAAUUUGCUGUUUCUUCCAACCAAAAACUAAGUGACAUGAAGUCUCCUGUUAAGAUCAAGCUUGCCAACCACAUUAUCCAUGUUAGCAGUGUGUCUUAGCUGUAGCUCUGCCAUCUGCUUCCCCUCAGAGAAGUGAUGGGGGUUGUCCUUCUGUAUAUAUGUUUCCCUUAUUGGUUGAUGAAUAAUACACUGUUUGGAAAGUAGAGGCAGGAAAAUAGGCAGGGCUAGGCAAUGAGGAGAAUGCUGGGAAAGAGAAAGGCAGAGAGAGGCGACUGAAGAAGACACCGUGUAGAGACUGGGAAAAUAAAAUGUGCAAGGUGUUCUCUGGUAAGAUAAGGCCAUUUGGAAAUACAUGUUAGUAAUUAUGGGUUAAUAAUUAAGACAGAGUUAGCCAAUAAGAAGCCCUAGACAUCGGCCAACAAUUUUAUAAUUAAUACAGCAUCCAUGUGUUUAUUUGGGGCAAAGCAACUGUGAGACCAGGCUGGAAAGAAACCCUAGCAACAGAGAAGGAUCAAUAGACCACUGUGGUUACUCUUCAUCUUGUUCAGAGAUACUGUGAAGGAGUCUGCCACUAUAAUAAGUCAUCCGGAGCCCAGGGGUCACCGAACAAGCUAAGUGAGUGUCGAGAACAAAUUACUCAUUUCUGUGACUGAAAUCAGGUCAUGUCUAAACUGUCCAGACUAAAGAAAAUCUCUUCCAUUUAAAAUAUCUUCAAAAACCUUAAAACAUCUGUGGGCAGCUCAUCCAGGAAGAGUCUAAGAAAAACACACAAAUUUCACCCUUCUCCAUGGUAUUAGUCCCAACAGUUCUUGGUGGUAUAAGAUAUUGCAGAUUCCUUUACUGAUGUGGAGAAAAUAGCCAGAAAUUCUCAAAAUGAAAAAAGCUCUGGUAUAUACAAGUGAUUUAUUUCAAUUUUAAUCUAAGUGACCUGAAUUCUUUCAUGCCAAAAAAAGACGAUUCCGAUUUGUUUUGUUUUGUUUAACUUAUUUAUUUUUAUUUUAUGUGCAUGGGUAUUUUGCCACAGAUGUUGGGUCCCUUGGAACUGGAGUUUACAGACAGUUGUGAGCUGCCAUGUGGGUGCUGAGAAUUGAACCCUGGUCCUCUGGAAAAGCAUUCACUGCUCUUAACUACUGAACCAAACAAUUCUGAUAGUUAACAUUUUUCCUUAACUCUGUGGUUAUUUUCACCCUUCUUUUAGUUACUGGAAGUCAAAUAUCCAGGAUCUCACACAAGAGCCCACUCUGUACCCCUGAGCUACACCACACCCCAGAUUGUAAUUUAUUUUUAAAAAAGGAAAACACUUAUAGUUUCCACCAGAGUUUAUGACGCAUCGUGCUAGCCAAAACACUGCUGCCACCUGUCUAACAAUUUCCAAGCUCUCUUGUUGGUACACUUGCCAGAGAAAGAUCCAGAUCCACAGUCCAACUGGGUGCCUAGAAAUAGGAUAUAACCUGAAAUAGGUCAGGCAAGGACAACCCAACCUUCUGUCAUUUUGUGUAGUCAGUGACUUCUCUUAUGUGAUCCACUUUGUUGGGUGUUAGUGAUGCACACCUUUAAUCCCAGCACUCGGGAGGCAGAGGCAGGCAGAUCUCUGUGAGUUCAAGGCCAGCCUGGUCUACAGAGUGAGUUCCAGGACAGCCUCCAAAACAAUACAAAGAAACCCUGUCUCAAAAAAAAAUUUUUUAAAUAAAGUGACCCACUUCACUUCUGUUAGAGAAAUUGGAGUCAGAAAGGAUUCCACUAUGGAUCUGUAGCCUACAUUGUAGACAAGAGCCACUCAGUCAUACAUAGGGGACAGCCACCUAGGGGGAAGUUUACUCUCAGUCUUUGGACUGGUUUUUCUCCUCCAUGGCAGUUAUAACUUGAGUACAUAUGAACCAAAAUGGCGGAACCUGGAUUAUGAAACAGACAAUGCAGAGAAGAACCUUCCCACUAGAGGAAGAGGAAAAGCAAUCCAGCUGGUGAUUUAGUGUAUGCUCUCUGUGUGUCAGAGUCUUAGUACAGUCGCUAUGUGUUCCAGGAACAGUUUAAUCUAAACCACGUCUCAGUCAGCUGUGCAUUUUAGACAUGGGGAUAUGAAAUCAUAGCCAAGUGGGUAAUGUUCUGCAUUUUAAACUGCUAAUCAUCUUGGUCCAGGACUCACCCAGACAGCCUCAUUUGAAAGACCAUAUGAUAUAGUAUAUUGUAAAGAAUCCAAGGCUUCCAGAGUCUUUUGUAAACAUUGAUUCUGACUGUACAGAAAUGAAACAUUCAUUAAACAGUCUAACAUCAGCCUUGCCUACUUAAUAAUGAACAUGAGUACAAGUGGCACAGAGUUUUGAGAAACAUAGAUACACUCAUUUUUGUUUUUAUAAAUUCUUCUUUUAUUUCUUCUCAUUUAUGAUAAAAUGAGCAUUUAUACACAGUGUCUCCGAUCUUAGGAGGAUUUUUAACUAUAUUUCUGAAUUUCUUUUACCUGUUUCUCUUUUGACACCUCUUUUAUUCAUUGUUAUUGUUGAUUUUGUCUGCUUGUUGUUACUGCUUGAGGAAUUUAUUUGUGAUCACUUUUCAUUAAUCUCAAUAACGAGCUUCAGUCACCUUUCCUAACCCUCAUAAAAAGUCUUUUAGAUUUUAAAAUCAGACAAAAAGAUAAACAUCAAAGAUUAGCAUAUUAGCAAGAAUAAUCAUAAAAAUGAGCACACAAAUACCAAGUUUCUUAUUGCUGUUUUCUUUUAUUUUUGCUUUUGCUUUGAAUAAAAAUUUUGGCAGACUGUCCUGGUCCCUGUGGUGAGGGGUAACCUAGGAACUCUAAGGACAGAAAUCUCCAGAAUGAGCUCAGAGCCUCCAGCACUACCACACUGCAAUCUAAGAAAAUGCCAGUCUGUUGAUGAACCUUAUACUUUGACAGGAAGAGAUCAAGUAACACAGUGUCUGUCUCAGGAACAUGUCCUGGGGAACAUUCGCAGUGUCCCACGCUUCAGCUCCCACUCUGCUGAAGAAUGAAAGAUCACCACUUUCUAAUUGCCUUGCCAACUAGCUCCAGCUGCUAGAUUACUUCUAUUAUUUUUGAGUCAAGUCUUUUGGGAAAGAGGAAGGAAAGGGCACCCACUCUUGCUUCCAUCAUCAUAAUAAGAGUUUUCAUUCAUUGAACGUUCCAGACCAAACCAAGUCCCAGCCCAGAGUGACAUCCAUGUAUUUGUUAUAAAGUUGUUAUGACUUUUACCCAGAAGAUGCAUUGAGUGCUCUCUUUUCAAAUAAGAAACCUAAUAUCCAACAUCUUCCAUCUAUAAUAAUCUGAGAUCUCUAAAUUCCCCAUCCUUGAAGUGCUGUCUAAGAAAAAAAGAAAGAAAGUGAGAAGGAAGAAAGAUGAGCUACCUGUCACACAAUGAAUUUUAGACUCACAGUGCUUCCUUUGAAUUCUUUCUGGCACACUGGAGCCACCGUAGGUUAGCAAUUUUCAAACUCUGAGUAAUGAAAAUUAUGUAAGUCAAGUCGCUUGGCUAAUGACUCCACAUACUUUCUCCAUUCUUUGGAACUGUUCUUUUUUCACGUGUGUGUGUGUGUGUGUGUGUGUGUGUGUGUGAGAGAGAGAGAGAGAGAGAGAGAGAGAGAGAGACAGACAGACACAGACACAGAGACACAGAGAGACACAGAGAGAGAGAGAGAGAGAGAGAGAGAGAGAGAGAGAGAGAGAGAGAGAGAGAGAGAGAGAGAAGUGUACCACAGCACACAUGUGGCACACAAGUAGUGAGGCUUAGCAUCAACUGUCGUUACCCACUGAACCAUCCAGUAGGCCCCAUGCCCUGGAACUCUAAGAGGAUGGUAGAGAAAGGUGAGCAAGUGCUUCUCCUAUUUCUUGCUCUCUAACCCCUACUGCAAGCAUCCGUGUAAGAAACCCAGCUUCUCUUCAUGAGCGUCAAUACAAACUGGCAUUUUAAUGUUUCACAAACUGCUUUCAAAACAAAAUAAGUAAAAUUUUUCUGGUCAGAUCCUUAGCUUCCAAGCCCUCAACUCUUCUUUAGACCUCAACUCUCCUCCCUUUGGGCCCCUCUUUAACCUCCACCUAGGAAGGGAUCGGGUCUGAGGAAAACCUUCCAUCCAUGGCCCCACUGGAGACAGAGACUGGUGUGUUGACACAGAAGGGGAUAUGAGGAGAUAGAAUCUGGGAAAAAAUACUUCUGUAAGUUCAAACCACAGAGGGAAACGAUAAAGGUACAGAUUUGUCUGAUUCCAAAAUUCAAUUGCAGGAUUAGGAGCCUCCUUGCAGACAAACUAAAGUGUUCUGUGCAACAGGCAGCUCAAAACAAGUCAACAGAGUGAUGCAAUCAUGUAAUGUAACCAUCCCUUUACUUCCAUAAGGAAAAAACAUGAACGAUGCCCUGAUCUUAACUAAAUUUGUUCAAAAUUUCAUCUUGUAUAGCCAUUGUAUGUGCUACUUAUAUAAAAACAUUUCAUACAUAUAUUACACAUUGCACAUACCCCCUUCACCCUCUGCUCUCUCUCUUUCUCAUCCUCCCCACCCAUGUUGGUCCCUAGACAGUUUCAAGUCCACUUUUAUGUCUUUGUACAGAUACAAUUUUAUGUAUACAAAAUUCAGGACUCAAAUAAAAAAAUGAGAUUUGCCUUUUUGAAA